CAUAACCUGUUGAGUGAAGGCAGAACAUAUUAUUUAACAAGAAUGAAUCAUAACCUGUUGAUUUAAGUCAGAAAGGCCAAGUUGGCUGGUUCCUGUUCGCGGCGGCUAGCGGCCUACGCUAAGUAGAGGUAGCAUACUUUACUUCGUCCGCUGCUUCUUUGCGCCGAUUCGACAGGAGAAGCGCAUUAUUUCAUAUCCAUGAGGCUCUGGAUUGAAAAGCUUUGAGGGAAAAGUGGUGGUAUCCCUGCGGGAUAGCAGCACUCGAUACCGUCCGCUAACAUGUCUUUAGUAGCCUACGGCAGCAGCGAUGACAGCGAUGGUGAAGGAACGUCUUUGAAACAAGGCUCAGGGGGGCUCUUCUCCCUCCUGCCAGCCCCCCAAAAGCCAUCUGGGGCGGACAGGACGUCGAGUGACGACCUCCGACAAGGCAAGACGACCUUAUUGUCAGGUUUGCCUAAACCCAAGAAGCGCACAGAACCUGUGAGGAUUACCGUACCGCAAAUCGAGAAGCAUGACUCAGACUCGGAUGACGACGAACCAGUAAAGAAGAAACUCCAGUCCCAGGGCGCAGGUAGCGGUCUGUCUUCUCUCCUGCCGCAACCCAAAAACCUGACUGUGAAGGUGACCGACAGACCUUUAAUUCCCCACACGCUCACCAAGCGGCCGGAUCCCAAAGGAGUCAGUCCGGGCACUCCCACGCCUGGCCUGCUGGGCCCCAGCGCAUCCCCCUCUGCAAUCAAAGCGGCAGCCAAGUCGGCGGCACGGCAGCUGGCCAGACAGAUUGUAGUCACGGACGAACACGAGGAGGACAUCUCGCCGCAGAAUUACUUCUCGUUGGGUGAGAGCCCCGAGCCGCCGCCUCCGGCCGUCAUUCCAAGUUACGAACCUGAGCCCGUCGUUGCCGCGGUGGAGCCGCUCCCCGCGCCGCUUCCUCCGCCGCCCCCCGGUGACGAGCUGGGUCAGUCGGAUGCCCCCCUCGACUUUGGGGCAGGGCACGAGGCGGCUGCCGCGUGGGGGGGCCCGUAUCCACACUAUCAGCGGCCCCUGGCGGGGCCCAAGACUGGAGAAGCCGGUAACUCGGCCAUGUUUGAUGAUGAAGCGUUCAUGCGGCUUCAGGGCAAAAGGAACCGAGGGAAAGAGGAAGUGAAGUUCCUGGAAAUUAAGGGCGACGACCAGCUGAGUGGCCACCAACAGUGGAUCACCAAAAGCAUGUCGGAGGAGAAGCAGACCCGCGGGUCUUUCAGCAAGAAAAGGGGAGGAAUGCCCACAGGACAACAGAGGCGCAAGCACCAGAUUACAUAUCUCAUCCACCAGGCGAAGGAACGUGAGCUGGAGCUGAAGAACAGCUGGGCGGAAAACCGGAUGACUCGCCGGCAGACCCAGGCCAAAUACGGCUUCUAAGCACCAUGCCCUUUGGGAGUCUGGCAUGAAGGAGACUGGCGCUUUCUGUAGAUUAAAAAAAAAAAAAACAAAACAAGAAAAACCCGAAUGCACAUUUUCCUCACCCGUUUGUUCAUGACUCCUUUUUAAAGUAAACAAAGUUCUCUUCCAGACACUUGUGGGUGACUUUUAGAUACCGCUGGGUUGUAAAUGUAUUCCUUUGUACUGUAUGUAUUUGCGCUCAUGUAACAAACAUUUUGUGUUAGUCUCGGUUUAGUGAAAGGACAUCACGCUACCCAGGAAAGGUGCCAGCGCAUUCACAUUCGACUGGAGACAUAUUGAUGUGGAAUUUUAUAAUAAACAUGGUGAUGCACA